AUGAGUCACCUUUCCACUGAUGCUAUUGUGACCAUUAUUAGUACAAUUCCUGGAUUACUUGUGUCGUCUUUGAGUGCUUGGUUCGCGUACGCAGCAAUUCGUCGUCGUCGUCCCGCCGCCAGCGACAUCGAGACCUCAACCAUUGGACUUAUUAUGAGUAUUCCUGUCUUAUCGCUAACAUUGGAUACCGCAGCGCACCAUCUACUGCUCGUCAACUUCCGCCUGUGCCAGCAGUGCCUCAGCUUGCGAAUACAAACUCACCAAGUUCAUCGGGACAACCGCGCCGGCAACUCGAUCGGGUCUUGCAAUAAUGAUUUGGUGUCUAUUUUAUUCGGUAUUCUUGUCAAGCUUUUGAGUUUGGGACUUGUUUUUAUGAGCGCAGAGAUGCGAGGGGAGAACAAUAGCUUAUGA